GUCUGCUCAGGUUAAAACUCUUAAAAGUAGAUGAGGAGAGAGCUUUAUAUAAUUCUCUUACUAGGUCUGCUCACUCCUCUCCAAGUAUGACUGAGGCUGUUAAGGCUCUUGCCUCUGAUUGCAGUGCCACAAAUUACAAAGACAUGACAAAGAUAUCUAAAAGGGCCAGACUACAGCCUGGUGUCCCAAGAACUGUACCUACCAGUGGAAGAGUUCAAGGCAUGUUACUAAGAAGUAAAUCAAUACCCCAAGAUAAAACUGUGCCAUUUGUAAACAUUCCCCUGGCUGAUGGAAAGACACUAUGUACUGCUGUUGGAGAUCUCCAUAACAUUGAUGUGCAACUACUAAAUCAAGAUACAGUACAGCAUAUUCAUAACUUAGUGAGUGAGCUGACUGUACUAUGUGGGAAGGCAACAGUUAAACCAAGUUCAUGAAACUUGCAUAAGGGUCCAUCUCCUCACUCCAGAAUAUUUA